AUGUCGUCUGUGGUGGCAGCGUCGCAGAUUAAGCUCAAUGAGCUGCUGGAGGCGAUUAGACAGGAGUUUUCGCAGGUGUCCCAAGAGGCUAAUAGUUAUCGGUUACAAAAUCAGAAGGACUAUGAUUAUAAAAUUAACCAGCAGUUAGCAGAGAUGCAGCAAAUACGGAACACGGUUUAUGAGUUGGAAUUAACCCAUAGGAAGAUGAAGGAUGCGUAUGAGGAAGAGAUUAAUAGGCUUAAAAUUGAGCUAGAGCAAAACGGGAGGCAACUGGCGUCCUUUACGGCUCACCAUCAACAACAGCAGGUGCAACAGGCUCAACUGGCUGUGCAACAACCUGUUGUGCCUGCAGUGACAACUUCUAGCACUUUUGGUGGUACUCUGCUACCACCAUCUUCGAUGGCUGGGCAACAACCACCGAUGCAGCUGCAGUCUGGGGGAACAGAGGCCGUGGCUACUCCUAGAGAAACGCCUGCUAAGUUGGCUCCGGUCACUGGAGAGGCUCAACCAGUUGUAAGGGCUCCUUCGCCACACCCUACAGCCUCCCCAGCUACCCCAGCAGCUGCACCAGCGGUUGCACCAGUGGUUGCACCAACUGCUCCAAUGGCACCCGCGGCUCCGCUAAAUGGUAAUUCCCCUGCUACACAGCAUGUAUCGCCAGCUCCAGCGGCUGAAGUGAAGACUCCAGCUCAGGAAGGUGAACAGCUACAACAGGAACAUUACCUAGUCCCAUACAACGUGCGUGCUAGCCAUACCAAACCUAUACCUCCAUUUUUGCUCGAUUUGGAUUCUCAAACUGUUCCGGCUCAUUUGAAGAAACAAACCAACGAUUAUUAUAUUUUGUACAAUCCAGCUCUACCUCGUGAACUUGAUGUCGAGCUCCAUAAGUCCCUAGAUCAUACCUCUGUGGUUUGCUGCGUUAGAUUCAGCAACGAUGGUGAAUAUUUGGCUACAGGCUGUAACAAGACAACCCAAGUCUUUAGAGUGUCUGACGGUGCCUUGAUAGCUAGACUAUCAGAUGAUGCGGCUUCGCAAGUGGCCGCUCCAGCUGGUAGCCCUGCCAAUGCAGAUGAACCAAACAAUGACGUUAACUCUUUUGUUACUGCAAAGAGUGCAUCUUCUGACUUAUACAUUCGCUCUGUAUGUUUUUCACCAGAUGGUAAAUUCUUGGCUACUGGUGCUGAGGAUAGGCUGAUUAGAAUUUGGGAUAUCGCAAAGAAGCAGAUCGUUAUGGUCUUGCAAGGACACGAACAAGAUAUUUAUUCGCUUGAUUAUUUCCCUUCAGGUGAUAAAUUGGUUUCAGGUUCUGGUGACAGAACUGUUAGAAUUUGGGAUCUGCGUACGGGACAAUGCUCCUUGACUUUAUCUAUCGAAGAUGGUGUCACUACUGUUGCUGUGUCACCAGGUGAUGGAAAGUUCAUUGCGGCUGGCUCACUAGAUCGUGCGGUUAGAGUUUGGGAUUCUGAAACUGGGUUCUUGGUCGAAAGGUUGGAUUCCGAAAAUGAAUUGGGUACAGGUCAUAAGGAUUCAGUUUACAGCGUCGUGUUCACUAGAGAUGGUAACGGCGUUGUUUCUGGCUCUCUAGAUAGAUCGGUCAAACUUUGGAACUUGCGAGGUGAUAAGAAUAAUAGCUCAAGUGGGAAGCCUACUCCUGGUACAUGCGAAGUCACGUAUACUGGUCACAAGGAUUUCGUGCUAUCUGUGGCGACUACACAAAACGAUCAAUAUAUUCUUUCAGGUUCCAAAGAUCGUGGAGUUCUGUUUUGGGAUACACAAUCGGGCAAUCCAUUGUUAAUGCUACAAGGUCAUAGAAACUCUGUUAUUUCUGUGGCUGUUGCCAAUGGAUUCCCAUUGGGUCCUCAAUACGGUGUAUUCGCUACAGGUAGCGGAGAUUGUAAAGCAAGAAUUUGGAAGUACACUAAAACGGAUGCUGGCAUUGAUAGCGGUAGUAAAAUCAAGGAAGUGAGGGAUUGA